CCUUUCUCCCAGUCAAUUGGGGACCAUAUAAAUUAAUUUUUUGCCCUAAUUUUGACUUUUCCUUCAACCAAGUCAUCUGAAUUAUUAAUAAUUUCCUCUUCUCUGCUCAAGUUGCCCCAAUUAUUUUUUUCACAUUUCUCGGUGACGUCAAGUUGGUGUAUAGUAUACUAUACGCCAAUAUAUGUUAUUUCUGGCAAUCAGUCAAUCGAAAUUGACUGAUUGCCAAAUCAAAUAGCAUAUGACUCCCGAGAGUGGAUUGAAGCCUAGUCAAGCCUUAAAUGGAGUGCACGGUGUUCAUUUGCUUCCUCAGUUACCAUUUACAUUCCAAGAGAUAAAGCAGCGCGGCGAUUUCAAUCAGACGUCCAACAAUGCAAGAAACCAACAGCAAAUACCAAAGAAAAUUUGGGAACAAAGACCGUCUUGUCUGAGGCCGAUCCACUGUGGUCUUAAUGGUGAUAGAAGCUUUGCCGAAACGUUUGUUAAUGUGCUUACGUCGCUUCCGUUUAUCGCCCUUGGCAUUCAAGCUCCGAGGAAAAAUCUCAAUUGCACGAUCUACGCGAAUUCGUUAAUCGGAGUAGGAGUUACCUCCAGUUUGUAUCAUGCCUCGAGAGGGAAAUUCAGGAAGUAUCUCAGAUGGGCUGACUACACAAUGAUAGCCACGGCCACAGUGUGCUUGUCGAGAGCAAUUAGGAACGACAACUCAAAGUUGUUGAUGGCCACAUCAGCCCUGUUUCUGCCUAUUCAACCUCUAGUGGUAUCAGCAGUUCAUACGGGAUUGAUGGAGGUGGCAUUUGCAAAGCGAGCGUCUGAAGAUCCAGAUUUGAGAACAGCCCAUAAUGUGCAUAAGAUGUCAUCAAUAUUAAGCGGUGCACUUUUCUUUGCCGACGAUCUUUUCCCAGAAACCCCGUUUCUGCAUGCAGGCUGGCAUCUAGCUGCUGCUGUUGGAGUUGGCACUUGCAACAAACUCUUGGAUUGAAAAAAUCAGAGGAUUUUAAUUAAUCCUCGAUUUAAUUUGCCGAAAAAACAUGUACGUGGAUAUUUCCUACAUCCGAUGUUUCUGUACUUGAGAUUAGAAUUGGGCUAUAAAAAAAAAACAUUGAUGAUUAUUGGUAUGUAUGCUACUAAAUAAAUUUAUGGUAUUGGAAAUUGGAUUUCAUUUUACUACAAUGCUA